AUGCUAACCCACUCCAAACCCCAUGUCCCAUGCAUGGUCCAGCCUCGACCGCCAACCUCUUAUAACAAGGUCUACCUCCAGCCAAAGCCAAAGAUCACAAGGUUUGAAUUCACGAAUUCCACUGAAAAACCCACAAAUCUGGAAUCCAGAUUGAGCUCACCUCUGCAUCCGUCGAGCUGCUCUUCCCCAAAUCUUUCAGAAAACAGUGAGUACUCCUCGGGGUAUGAUAGUGAGGCUGCCUCCUCGGAAUGCCCCUCGGUGGAAGAGGGGAGCGAGGAAGAUAGAGACGGAGCCCAACGACGUGUACGUACUAGGUUCACACCGUCGCAGAUUGAAAAGAUGGAGAAGAUAUUCAACAAGCACAAAUAUCCAGAUGCUGGAAAUAGAGUCAAAAUGGCACUGAUGUUAAACCUCUCUGAAACUCAGGUGAGAACUUCGUUUCAGAACAGGAGGAUGAAACAGAAACGGGAAGUCCAAGACUUGCGCGCUGAGUACUUCGCUCCCGUCCAGUCUCCGAGGAUAUUCCAGCCCAUAAGCCCAUUUCAGUACCACGGCUUCGGGGGACAGCACCUAUCAUACACCGCUGCCAACCACGCGAUGUACCUGCACAUGGUGCAACAGUUCCCCCAGCAACAGAUGGUUUCUUAUCAGCACCCCCACCCAAUGAUGUCCAACACACAUUUCUACUAA